UAGAAAAUAAAUUGACAGUUGUGACACCCGCUGAGUUAUGAAUUUGUGAUAUGUGGCGAGACGAGAUUACUUUCACUUUUGUUUGAUAUUCUAAAGAAUAUUCAGGGACAUAGUUCUCGUAGCGUGGUGCGCUUGUCGUGGCAUAGUAUUUAGUUAAUUUCUGACGAAACAGAAGUGCGCGUUCCACUAUACUACCGCCACGUACACAAAUAGACUUGUUUUACGUAGAGAACGGGGCAUUCCUCGCUCAAAUAAGCAUGUACUAAAAAUAUUUGUUUAAAAUAUAACGGCAAGCUAUAGUGAAAAUGGGCAUGGAAAAACAUAACAAUGCGGAUGGCAAGCCAUCUGAGUACCUCUAUCCACCAGAGAUACUGAAGAGGUUGGAUUGACAAAGUCCAGCAACAUUCAAGCCUAAAAUCAGUGCGGCCAGUCCUGGUGAAGAUUGGAUGAUAGUGAGGCCUCUGCAGCGAUCUGAUUAUGAUAAAGGCUUGCAACUGCUUGGACAGCUGACCAGUGUGGGCAAUGUCACACGGAAACAGUUUGAUGAGCGUUUCACAAAGAUGAAGCAGUCUGGCGGGUACUACGUGACCGUGAUCGAAGACACGCGCAUUUCCAAGCUGAUCGGAGCCGCCACGCUCACCAUCGAACAGAAGUUCAUUCACAACUGCGCUGUGAGAGGUCGUCUAGAAGACGUGGUGGUCAAUGAUACUUACAGAGGCAAGCAGUUGGGAAAAUUAAUCGUAGUGACAGUAUCCCUACUGGCCCAAGAGUUGGGCUGCUACAAAAUGUCUCUGGACUGCAAGGACAAACUCAUCAAGUUUUACGAGACGCUCGGCUAUAAGCUCGAGCCUGGAAACUCUAACGCUAUGAAUAUGCGGUUCGAGGAUCCAUCUUGACAAUUAGCCGCUGGGACAUCCGACCUGCGCUCUAAACUGUAAGUACGCAAGGGGCCGAGCAGACAUCACGGCACGUCCAGUCAGCACCCAUCAUUCUAUCUCUAUGUACUGAAAUACGUCACUGUGUACCUAAGGGUGCAACUACACGGUUCAAGUUGCUUGCAUGCGCAGGUUACGUGCGGGUCCAGCGACUCGCUCAUGUACCAAAGCAAAAUGCCCACCUGUGCUCUUGUCACUUGCGCAUGUUAACUUGCUCCAGCUACAUGCACCGUGUAGACGCACCCUAAUGUUUUAUCAAUUUACGUCAUUAAAGGUGAACCAAGGUUGUGCAUUCGUUGUCUUUCAAUAAUUGCCUUUUAGAACUGUUUGAAUAGUUCACUUAUUGUUGUGAGCCGUUGUGUUUAUUUCUACAGACUAAUAUUGUUGUAUGUGCGUGGUGAGACCACACCUGCGUCAAUAUUUUAUAGUAGCAAUUUGAAUAAAAGAAGGCUUUACGCUUUGUUGUAGACAUUGAAACUAUAUAUGCUACAGUCAAGGCAAGAAUAAUAUAAUGCGAAU